UUGGUUUUUCAGGAGAGAAGAAAACCGGAGAACUCGGAGACUUGACCCUUGGAAAAAGAGCUAAAAAGGCGAGAGUCAACAACAAACUUAUCGAACCCAGGCCUCAUUGGUGGGAGGCAAGUGAUCUCAACAUUGCUCCAUCCCUGCUCCCCAGAAGGCGGAUUUAAUCUACAAGCAACGGAGUUUUCUCCCUCAUCAUGACUGCACUACACGCUCUCGUUGUUUCGUUGUUGAUUGUUCUCGGUGCCGCUGAAGAAACGCAAGUAUCAAGGCAAGCGUUUGCAAACUGGAGAGCACUACGGGGAUUUGGAAGGAAUUCAGUCCAAAAUGCACCACCUCAAAUGUGCGUAAAAGCUGUUGACAUUGGAUUUGUGAUGGAUAGACGUCUCAGAAGUGAUGGUUCCGGCACAGACUGGAAUGACGUCAUGUACUUUGUCAAGAAUAUAAUUGACAGCAAAUUUGAAAUCUCUCACGACAUGACGCACGUUGGGGCCAUUUCGUUCGACGAAACUUCAGCAGAGGUACUUCUCGACUUUUCGCAAGGCAACAGUUUAGAUGCCGUAAAGCAACAGAUGGAAACCUGGCGCCCUGGUGCUGAAGCUACUACAGGUGGUCCCGUUGAAAUAGACAACGCUCUACAACUUGCACUUGAUCUUUUCACCGACGGCGCUGGAGCGAGAGGAUAUGACGAGGUACUGGUGUUAAUGACAGACGGACGUUACGACAUUACAAUUCCAAGCAAACUUGUGAGUGAUCUUAGGAAGAAAAACGUCAACGUCAUCGUGGUCGGCAUUGGUCUCGCCGAUCCAGUACAGCUUUGGAUGAUUUCCAACAACCCGGAUACCGUGCUAAACAUGGUGGACCCGAAAGACAUUGAGUCUGUAGCCGAGAACGUUAAAAUGCUCGCUUGUGCUAACCCUACCCCUAAAGCGUAAGGUAAAAAUCGCUUGCACUGAGUCUGAGACAUCUGCCAUGGCGAAACCUGAUUGCGUUCUUAAUUUGAAAACUUAUGAAGGACACAAGUAAAUCUAAUAGGAAUAAUUAAAAAGUAAGCAUAACAAGUUAGGCGCCAGAAGAAGUUCUUGUUGCUGUUUUAGGCGUAAGGUAGCCAAAGAUCUUUGUCACAAAUAGAGGUCAUAAUGAUUUAUGCUUGAUUUUUACACUAAUGAAAAAUUAAUAAAUCACGUCUUGGCAGUUCAA